CGUGACUUGCCGGCAGACCGGGGCGGCAGAUCCCAGGAAUAUUGUGUAUAAAUGUCUAUUUAAGCUGUGAUACAUGCGUGAGACUUGGCCCGCGCGUCUGCAUAAGGAUUCUGUGCACAGGUAUGGCUCAUCGUGACUCGUUUCAGUUCUGUUUGGUAAUACGCAGUCACACCAACGAAACCCACUCCAAAACGACCGAUUUAAUGUCAUCGGAAAUAACGUCUUAUCUUGUUUAAUCCGCGUCCGUUAUAUUCGCGGUUGUGACUGAGGCAGUGUCUUUGGCUCCCAGGUAUGCCCGGGCUAUCAACCCCUUUCUAAUAAAGUCCUGAUUAUCAGAUGUCUUUGUCCUUUGGUCAUUGUCGUUAUCUUCUCAACCGAACAAGCUUGGAUUUACUAUACCUUCCUCAAAAACAUGCAGCUGCAGCGUUCCAUUUUAGAAUCGAAAUGGAUGAAAAGAACCGAACGAGCCUAUAGCCAUACUACCAAUAGCAAUAGCUAACUUGCUGUACCUUGAGUUUCUCUUGAAGUGUCGGGAAUCCAAUCAAAAGGCAUGCACAAUUUAUUAUCAAUAUAUUGCACUCUAUCUACGGAAACUGUCAUCAUUUUUGUUCUUUCUUCUGUGAUCGCUUCGUUCCUUAUUGCGAAGUGUACUUCGGGGAUACGCAUCAGACGACCCCCCGGUCCGUGGGCAUGGCCGGUUGUGGGGAAUCUUCCAUCGAUACUCCUCGGUGGGCAGCCGCACCAAGCUCUCGCUCGAUUCGCUGAGAAAUAUGGACAGAUCAUGAGCAUAAGUCUAGGACCUGGACCCAAUGUUGUUGUGCUGACUAGUCUGGCUGUCGUGAAGGAACUGCUGGUGAAACACGCCGACUGCACCUCUGAUAGAAGGAUACCGCCCCUGCUAGGACUGGCAUUUUCGACAAAAGGUAGCGUGAUAUGGGAAAAUGGAGAUAAAUGGAAGUGCAGUCGACGGACGGCGCUUUCGGCAUUUCGGAGAAGUACGAACACGUCGUCAAAUUUCGGCGCCACAAUAAGAAGUUCUUUGCAACAUUUGCGUUCUUCUCUGCAACGCCUCGACGGUUACCAAUGCAACCCAAGAUCUGAAAUUACCACGGCUAUUGCCGAAAUCAUAUCCUCUAUAUGUUUCGGACAUUGCGUCGACGUCCGAUCAAAUCCGAAGCUUAUCGAAGUUAUUCGAGCUCAGCAUAACCUAUCGAGUGGUCUGUCGGGAAUAUCGAUCGGGCAUAUUUUCCCUCGUCUCUACCACACACCGCUGUACAACAAACUCCGUCAAGACAUUGAUCAUUACAAACAAUUCAUGAAAGAAGUUGUGAAAGAUCACAAGCGAAAUCAAGUUAACAAUGACGGGGAAAGUGGAGAUGGGAUUCGUAAGAACAGUUUUGAUGAUGUAACAGAUCGCUACCUUCAACAGAUACAGCACGGUCGGAUUGUAGCCGUGGAGGAAGAGGACAUAUGGAGGGUGAUGUUUGACCUAAUGGGGGCUGGGACAGAGACUACUUCGGAAACACUUCUUUGGGGAAUCCUAUACCUCAGUCUUUACCCAGACGUCCAGAAACAGAUUCAUUCGGAAAUUGACGAGAAGAUGACUCAACAAGACUCCGAUGACUUCAUACAUUACGACCAGCGCAAGUCUCUGCCGUACACGCAAGCCGCGAUACUGGAAGUGCUCCGAUGCGCGUGCGUGGCACCGCUCUCCUUACCGCGUGUAACAACGAGGGAUCUCACCGUCAUGGGAUAUUCCAUUCCGAAAGGGGUGGAGAUUUGGGUGAACGAGUGGGCUAUCAACAGGGAUAAAAAUAUCUGGAGUGAUUCAAACGAAUUCAAUCCAGGAAGAUUCUUGGACGACUCCGGCCGAAUUGAUCCGAAGAGAAAGGAGUCAAUAAUUGCUUUUGGAGAAGGGAGGCGUAUGUGCCUUGGUCGAUGCCUGGCUGAACACAUGCUUUUUAUGUUCUUCACGAAUCUCCUGAGAUGGUUUUCGUUUCGAUUACCCGAAGAUGGCCGAACCCGUCCGAACGUAAACCGAGGCAACUUUGGCCUAACGUACAGCCCACCGCUGUUCGAUGUCAUUAUAACGCCAAGAGUGAUUGAAAACAGAAGCAAGAUCUAAGAGUAUCAACGAGGAUGGCUCAACAAAUUCUGUUGGAUAAUUAUGUUAUUAUUAUUUUAGAUGAAUUUGGAACAAUGACAAGCCAUCAUGCCUCAUCUGGAUCAAAGCAAAUGCCUAUAUUAUGUACAGUACGUGAAUAUCUGGGCCCCGUCUUACAAAGAAAUGGGGUGUAAAAACAAGAAAGUUAUGACGUUAUGGCGCUUAUUUUUCACAAAACGGUUAUGUAAGCGCAUCUUAAUGAUUUGCAAAUGAGACAUUCGAUGAUGUCUCUCAAUCGCUAUUUCUUUCUUUUUAUUGUUUGAAUUAUAGGCCUUACACUAUUUCAUUUUUUUUUACAGAUUUGACAAUAAGGA